AUGCGCUCUGCGGCUCUCUGGACUGCCCUAUUCGGCCUGGGCGCGUCUGUUGGCGCCGUCGAUCCCCUCGAGGCUUACGGAAACAAGUUUUUCACCAAAAGCGGAACCCAAUUCUUCAUCAAGGGCGAGUUUCGCGACUGGACAGCCGUGCUUUGCGUUGCUUACCAGCUGGUGCCUGACGAUCCGCUCAUCGACACGGAACAAUGUAAACGAGACUUCUCGCUCAUGAAAGAAUUGGGUGUCAACACAAUCCGCGUUUAUCAUGUAGAUGCCAAGGCUAAGCACGACGGCUGCAUGAAGGCGCUGGAUGACGCUGGAAUCUAUCUCCUCGUCGACAUGGAUACCUUUGGCACAUACAUUGAGGCCAGGGAUCUUUACUGGAACUCCACUCAGUAUGAAAGGUACUCACAGGUUAUGGACGCCUUCCACGGGUACGACAAUGUUCUGGGCUUCUUCGUCGGCAAUGAGAACAUCGCAACAAAGGACGAUUCCCCAGCAGCUCCAUUCCUCAAGGCUGCCGCUCGUGACAUCAAGGCCUAUCGGGACCGCAAGGGCUAUCGCAGCAUCCCCAUCGGCUACUCAGCCGCGGAUAUUGUGCAGCUUCGCCCCAUGCUGCAAGACUAUCUCACCUGCGGAGGAAAUUCAUCCGAGAUUGUCGAUUUCUUUGCCCUCAACUCCUAUUCUUGGUGCGACCCCAGCACUUUUGAAGCGUCUAGCUACAACAAGCUACAAGAAUACGCCAAGAACUUCCCCGUACCAAUCUUUUUUAGUGAAACAGGUUGCAACGUUCCCGGGCCCCGGAAGUGGGAUGACCAGGAUGCCAUUUUCACCAAGCCCAUGGUUAAUGACUGGAGCGGUGCCCUUAUUUACGAGUGGAUUCAGGAGCAAAACAACUACGGCCUCAUUUCAUACGGCCCCAAGGUCGACGCUUCCCAGCCAGGCGAAAACGUUUACGAUGGCUUCACCCGCAAAGGCACUCCGACCCCGAUCAGUCCCGACUUUGACAACCUCAAGACCAAGUGGGCGAGUAUCAACCCUGCUGGCGUGAUGAAGCAGGACUAUGAUGCCAAUCAAGUGUCAACCCGGGCUUGUCCGACCUCGACCGCCGCCGGAUGGUGGCAGGUGGAUGGAAAUGUAAAGCUACCUACGCUCGGCGAGACGUUGACUGGCACCUUCACCAGCCAAGCCAGCGCCACAGCUGAGACAUCAGAUAAGCCGGAACCCACCGACAGCGGCAUGAGUGGGCAAGAUCAGGGUCAGGGUCAGGGUAAUGGCAGUGACGAGGGCAGUGACAGCAAUGGUAGCGACAGCAGCGAGACAAACGAGGACAAUGCUGCUUCUCUCGACAGACACUUGGCUGCUACUGGGGCUAGCGUUGCCGGCGUUGUUUUGGUAUUCGCCCUCGCAUUGUAA